AUGACUACAUCAACUCCGACUGACCCUCUUCGGGAGGCACGACCGUCCACCUUCACCCAGGAUACCGAGAAAGACGACUUGACUCCGCCCCCGAAAACAAACGAAUAUGCCGAUGCGGAGAAGAACUACGAUCCUAAGUCGCUCAAGUUCUGGCUUAUCGUCAUCUCGAUCUAUCUCGCCUUCUUCCUCGUCGCUCUGGAUCGCAUGAUCAUUGCUACUGCUAUACCGGCGAUCACGAACACAUAUGGCUCCAUUGCAGAUAUUGGCUGGUACGGCAGCGGCUAUAUGCUUACGUGCGCAAUCUUCAAUCCACUAUUUGGAAAGAUAUACCAGUUGUACAUCAUCGUUGGUCGCGCAAUCGCUGGCAUAGGAGCGGCAGGCAUUCAAUGCGGUGCGGUCAUGAUCAUUGUUCCCCUCGUCCCACUACGCAAGCGACCCGUUUUUACUUCUUUUUUCGGCCUCGCAUUCGGAGUGUCAUCUGUAUUGGGACCCUUCGUUGGAGGCACCUUCACGGACAGCGCGACCCUGACAUGGAGAUUUUGUUUCUACAUCAACCUUCCUGUGGGCGCUUUGGCUUUUGCUACCGUCUUCUUCUUCUUACAUCUCCCCUAUACGCCAAAAGAGAAGCUGUCCAUUUUCGCGCAGCUCAAGCGCCUCGAUCCAAUAGGCCUCGCUUUUUUCGUGCCUUCGAUGGUAUGCCUCAUCUUGGCUCUGCAGUGGGGAGGUACGACCUAUCCCUGGUCGGCACCGAGAAUCAUUGGCCUGCUCGUGACUUUCGCAGUCACGUUCGUCGCAUUCCUAAUUGUGGAGUUUACAAUGCCAGACACGGCUAUGGCUCCGCCUCGAGUCAUUUUGAACCGUUCUAUGGGUGGUGCCAUGCUUUUCAUCUUUCUUCUCGCUGGCGGCAUGAUGAACGCUGUGUACUACCUCGCGAUCUGGUUCCAGGCAGCCCAGGGCCAGUCUGCCAUGCAGGCUGGUGUACGUACGAUACCGAUGGUUCUGUCACUCGUUCUCUUCGGUAUCAUCACAGCGGUGGCCACCCAAAAGAUCGGAUAUUAUGUUCCUGCUAUGCUCCUUUCGCCCAUCCUCGCAUCGAUCGCUAGUGGCCUCCUUUCUACACUUACCCCACACUCCCACGCAAGCAAAUGGAUCGGCUACCAAGUAUUCUACGGGUGUGGACUUGGCGUUGGAGCACAAACGGCAAAUCUGGUAGCGCAGACUGUGUUGCCCCGUUCAGACGUCUCUCUUGGCAUGGCGAUGAUGUUCUUCAUGAAUCAACAGGGUGGCGCCAUCUUUCUUGCUGUUGGGCAGAAUCUGUUCUCGACUCAACUUGUGGAGCGGUUAUCCGGCAUUGCCGGUCUCGACACCAAAGCCAUCAUCAACACUGGCGCCACAGAGCUUCGCAAAGUGGUGCCGGCGAAUGAGAUUGACACGGUGGUUUCAGCUUAUAGCUAUUCAUUGACACGAGUGUUCAUCUUAUCAGCAGCGCUCAGCGCUUGCGUAAUGAUCGGGUCGCUGAUGGUUAAGUGGGUAAGCAUCAAGAAAGAUGCUCCGAAUCCAGAGAAAGCGGUGUCGCAGGACGUGGAAGCAGGUAUUGAUGCGAAAAGUGAGCACUGA